AGGUGCAGUGUACAGGCCUGGCUCAUGGGACACCGCACAUCGCCCGAGGCAGUGACGUGCAGGCAGCUCCAGGGCCGGCCGGGCUCAGCCCCAGGGCCGCCGCUGCUGCACGGCUUGUCGCCGGGGGCUGCGCUCAGCGGCUCCACGGCCUCCGCGGGGCACGGGGGUGGCGGAUGGAGGAGCGGCACCUGCCGGUCCUCGUGGCCGCCCCGCCUGCAGCGCCCCUGGCGGACCGGCGGGGGGACGCAGCCAGGACACGCGUUCCCUCGCGGACGCUCCGCAAUAAAAGCGGCCGCGCGCAGGCGCCGCGCUCUGGUCGCGCGCACACGUCAGCGCCUGCGCCGGAGCCCCGCGAUGGAGGGUGUGCUGUACAGCGGGCUGCCCCGAGAGGCGGCGGAGGAGCUGCGCCUGCAGCCCCAAAGGUCAGAGGAGGCCAAAGCGUUUGUGAGCGCCUUCCUGAAGCGCAGCAUGCCCAAGAAGAAGGACGAAGCCAUCCAGGACGUGUUAACGCGGAAGGCCGUGGUCCUGGAGCACCACUGCAGGAGAAGGAAAAAGCCAAAGAGGAAGAAAACAAAAACCUUCACCGCCAAGCAGAGGCGGGAGCUGCGCCUGUUUGAAAUCGAGCCUGAGCAACAGAGGUAUGAAAUCUUUCUACCACUACAUGAACUCUGGAAACAAUAUAUCAGAGACCUAUGUUACGGCCUUAAACCAGAUGCGCAACCGCAGAUGGUUCAGAGCAAACUGCUAAAAGCUGAUCUCCAUGGAGCUAUUGUUACAGUCACAAAAUCAAAGUGCCCAUCUUAUGUUGGGAUAACAGGAAUAAUUCUACAGGAAUUUAAACAUGUCUUCAAAAUUAUUACUAAAGACAACAAAUUAAAAGUUGUUCCCAAAAUUAACAACGUAUUUAGCUUGGAGACUGAUGGGUUCAUUUCCUACAUCUAUGGAAGCAAGUUCCAGCUUCGAGCAAGUGAGCGGUCUGCAAAGAAGUUCAAGCUGAAAGGAACUAUUGACCUAUGAUUUCAUAGCAAAUCAGAAGGAAAUUUACUUAGGAUGUCUGCUGUUUUCUGGCAAAGACAGGUUUUCUGGCAGACUGAAAAUAGAGUUAACUAUUUGAAAUUUUUCAAAAGCAUUUCUUCAUACUGAAGAAUGAUUGGUUUCUCUUGCCUUUAAAGCAGUCUGUCAAACUGUGGGGUCCUAGCUGCAUCUUUUGUUACUUGUAUGUAACAUUCUGCCUUUUAUUAAACUCGUGAUUAGUACUGGUUA